AUGUUUGCCGAGGUGCUGAUUGGUGUCCUCAUCGAUUUUUCCCUUGCUUUCAUUGAUCUAUUCUCUUUAUAUCUUUUAUUCAAAGCGAAACGAUUAGCCCCAAUGUAUCGAAUCAUUCAACUAGCGUUGAUCACUGAUUUUCUUGAGAUUUCCAGUCGUCUAAUACAUGAUUAUAUUGAUCGAAUCACUGAACAAGAGAAUUUCGCCAUCACAAUCCCACUUUUCUUUGCAUGUUGUGGCUUCAAAUUCUACCUCACUGGCUACUAUUGGAAUCUUGACAAUUCUAAGCCCGGCUAUCAAUUCUAUACACUUUUGGGAAUCAUCUUGCAGCUGAUAGCUGUCGCUUUCUUGGUACUCUCUGAUGUGGUUCUGUUAAUCAAAUUGAAAUCGUUUACUAUUAAGAAAAACACCAUUCAGCAGCUGACCACCUGGCUUCGUUCUCUUUCCGGAGAAAGUCGUCUUGGCCUCUGCCUCGCUUUCUACACUCUUGGCUUCUUAUUCGGAAAUAUAAACUUCAAUAUUUUAUCAAAAUUUCAGGGGCCGCUGAUUCAAGUGUUAAACUCGAUUUUCAACAUCGCCUAUUAUCUCAAAUUUAUGCCUUACGCUAUUACAGCUCGUUUG